AUGCUUCUUUUUUACUUCCUCUUUUUACUGGCUUUAACCUUAGUCUCAGCAGGCGUAAAAGAAGCUUCGUUUAUCGUACCUCAAACUUGGAAGAAUCUCAAUCUACUUCGCACAGUAGAUCUCACAACUCCAAUAGUGAGAGAAGUUACUGCAUUUGUUGCUUUCAAUACUGGCGAUGACCCUAGCAAAGAGUAUUACUUCCCUGUAAGUGAAGAGAGGGAUAAACAUUUGGCGUGGAUCAGUGCUAAUGAAAGAAAGACUACGGUGAAUUUUGAGGUCGAGAAGGCAGGAUUCGAUACUGAGAAUCGCGUACAAUUCUACAAAAUCAGCUUCAACCGUCUUGUUGAUGCGCAAGAGAAGAUUACAGUCGAGGUUAAGACUGUGUUCACGCACAUAUUAAAGCCCAUUCCUCACGAAAUACCUCAAAAUGGAAAACAAUAUUUACUCUACAUAGGCAACUUGUAUGCUAGUAAUGCAUAUUUCAGCGAGAAGCAGAGGACUAUUGUAAAUCUCCCUUCUCCGCAACUUCUAAGUUAUACGACAGUACCUGAAGUAACAACAAAGAACGAUAAACAGAUAACUUACGGUUUUUUCAAUAACACGCAAGCAUACAUACACGAACCACUGUCAAUACAUUAUCCUUAUCAGAAAGCAAUAUUGAGGAUAAAGAGUUUACGACGAGAGUUGGAAGUUAGUCAUUGGGGCGGGAACUUGGCCGUUGAGGAAACCUUUGAUUUGAUAAAUGAUGGAGCACGGCUGCAGGGUCAAUUUUCUCGGUUAGAGUAUCAACGCACCCAAUAUUUCCCGCAAUCCGAAAGCAUUGCAGCCCAUCUUCUUUCCAUUAUAUUCCCCCCUGGCGCCGCUGAUGCCUACUACCGCGACGAAAUUGGAAACGUCUCUACUUCCAACUUUCGUAACGAGCCCAAUCGAUCCGUCUUUGAAUUCAAACCACGGUAUCCACUCUUUGGCGGUUGGAAUUAUACCUGGUAUCACGGGUAUAAUCUGCCUCUGAACAAAUUUUUGAGAUAUCAUGAAGGGAAAGAAAGGUUCUACUUCAAUGCGAAGUUCAUAGAAAGAUGGCCAGAUGUCGUCACUGACAAAAUCGUAGUGAAACUGAUAUUACCCGAAGGGGCGAGAGAUGUGCAAGUCCAUCUUCCCUUCAAAGUCCGCAAACAAAGCCACGGCAUACACAAAACCUAUCUCGACACCAUCGGUCGUUACCUUGUGACGAUCGAAGCCUAUAAUUUCGUUGAUGAACAUGUCCAGGAUUUUCAAGUGUCCUAUGCCUAUGAUUCUGAUGAGCUAUUUAGAAAGCCUUUAUCGGCUUCGACGUUUUUCUUAGGACUGUUUCUAUUAAGUGCUAUUUAUUCUCGGAUGGAGUUUAAUAUUAAAUAUAAGAAGACGGAGGACUUGAAGGAGGGAAAGGUAGAUGGUGAGGAGGGAAAAGGUAGGUAG